AUGAAUCGUGAAUCCAAUUCCCUGGCCGGUGCUAGCCAAGCAGCUAGUGACUUGCAUGAUGCCCUGUUCGCGCAGGUACCGGAGCUCAGAAAUGCCAUUGCCAUAAUGGAUGCUUGGAUUGACGACUUCGACAAGAUCACCGCCGCUCACGUUGAUGAGAUCAAGGAGUGGGAAGAAAAGUAUGCAGAUGCUGAGUGCAAGAUGGAGGAAAGGGAUAACAAAAUGGAAGGGCUGUACAUAAGGAUUGCGGAGAUGUACCAGAGAUCCGACGAGAAAGAUGCCGAACUGGCUAAUCUCCGGCUUGAGAGCGCAACUCUGCAUCAUGCUCUUGCUUUAAGUAAUGAUGCAAGCUACCGCCAAGAAAUAUUGGCCGAACAGAUCCAGGCCACCACCGCUCAUUAUGAACAAGAACUCGCAACUCUUGCCCAGGAAAAGAAUACUGUCAUCAGCGAAAAGGAUGCAGUAAUCGAUUAUCUCCACGAGGUAAUCGCAGUCAAAGAAGAUUCCCUCGCUAGGGAAGCCGAUAUCGCAGACCAACAGACCGAGAUGAUGGCCAGACAGAAUUCCAUCAUCGAAGAGCUUCAAGAGGAGAGCCGGCAAUAUAGACUGGCGUAUGAGAAUGCCGUUGCCGAUGCCCGACUGAGAGACGAUUAUAUCGCUGAGCAAGCCACUGAGGUUAGACACCUCAUGAGAAGGUGUCAAGAUCUCCAAGACGGUAUUGCCGGUGGGGGUCAGUGGGAACACGCUGCCAACGAGUUCGCCUUCGAUGGCAUCGCCGGUAGGAAUGAGCGAGAGAACGCCGAUUCUGAGACUGGGAUUGUCGUCACUGAUUCUUUGGGGGACAGGAGCGCCACUGAGUGUGUGGCAAGUUCCUCUGGCUUUAGCCCUGGCUCUGGAUCCCACAGUAUCAAGAGUGAACCCAACGAUAUGAAUAACAGUGUUGAGUGGGAUUCGAGUCCCUCAGAUCUUGACUCUGGCUCUGGAUCACACGAUAUCAUACGUGACCCGAGCGAUGUGGAUAACUACGUUGAGCAGGUCGCCAACUCUCCUCGUUUUGGCUCUGGCUUCCAACCCCACGGUAUCAAACGAGAAGUUGAGGACAUAUAUAAUGAUACCGACGAUGAAGACGAAUACGAGCAACCAACAAAGCACGUUAAGCUGACGUCCAGUCAGAAACUCCUAUCUCCAUCUUUCAAUGAUUCCUACGGCCCAUACUCUGCUGCAGCUUAUGAAUAUGGCCUGCCAGGCAGAUCUCCAUCGAGCAAGAUGUCUGACCAGGCGCAGAGAUCGCGGAUUUAGGCUUAACUGACAGUCGAGGUGAAGAGAAAAUGGACAUUGCAAGAAAUAUGCAGGAGAAUGGCGCUUGGGUAUCUGAAUUUGAAGGCCUUUGAGACAUGUAGAUAGAUGACGAGGCACUUGCCGACUGGUAUAUAUGAAACUGGGGCC